CCUCCUUUUGCAGUGGCUGGGCUGAGCAGAGGACAGGAUAUGCUUCACAGUGCUCUCAGUUUCACAGCAGCAGCAGCAGCAGCAGCAGUGAGGACGACACGCUCUGCAGUCAAGAUGAGUGCUGGUGAUGUGGUCUGCAAAGGAUGGCUCAUUAAAUCCCCACCAGAGAAGAAACUGAAAAGAUUUGCAUGGAGAAAACGAUGGUUUGUGCUACGCAGAGGUCGCAUGAGCGGUAACCCCGACGUGCUGGAGUACUAUCAGAGUAAGAACUCCAAAAAGCCAAUCCGCACCAUCGACCUGAGAGACUGUGAGGUGGAGAUGCUGAAUGGGCAGCUCAGAAUAAAGCGCGACUUCCAUGGGAAGCACCUGUUUGUGGUGAAGACCUCUUCUCGCAUUUUUUACCUGGUGGCCAAAACUGAGGAGGAGAUGAACGGCUGGAUCAGUAGCAUCAGUCAAAUAUGCCAGUUUGGGAGCCUGGAGGAUGCAGAAAGCUCAGAAGAAGGCUGUCCUCACACCCCCACCUCCCUUCAGCUGUCGACUGACAGCUCUGACCAAGCAUCUGUAUCAAGCCUCAUAGAUUCCAGUCAUCCACUGGACUACCUGUUUCUGUCACAGUGUAAGACAGGGAGACUGAGCAGACACAACAGCUUUUCAAACUCUGACAUCUCUCUGGAGCAGAAGUCAGCAGACGAUGUUGUCAAGGACAUUGUCCCUUCACCGCUUUACUCCAAUGCCUCCCCAUCCAUCUCUCAUACCAGCCCCAGUCCAUCACUGUUCCCUGCUGGAAGGUUGAUUAACCCCUCUCUCACUGCUCUGUGCACCCCCAUGGCCUUACCGUCAUCCUCUUCCUCUCCGUUGCAUCACUGUGCCACAAGUGUCUUCCAGUUUGACAGACCUUAUUCUUCUCCAUCAUCAGAGGUAACGGGUGAGAGGCAAACACCUCCUCCACUACCACCCAAGCCUAAUCAGCUGUCAGAGCAGCUCAGUGAUGAAGGCGCUCACAAGCCGAGGUCAAUGAACACACAGCUUUUAUCAAGCCGUGCUGUGCUGUUUCCCCGGAGGACUUCUUUGUCAGGCUUGGACCAUUUCAAAAGGGGAGAUGAUGAUAAGAGGUUGAUCAGGAACAGAAGGCAGAGUCUAAAUUUGCCUCGUUUAAAUACCACACCAGUUCCGAGCUACCAAGACGAGUCCUAUGUCCCCAUGUCUUCCCCGUCUCCGGGUGUGUGUGAUGGUUACAUCCCCAUGAGCCCACGGAUGUUCAGCUUCCUCAACACAAGCUGUGAUAUUGAAUCCUCCUCAUCUCUCAGCUCACUGAUGUGUCCGGCAGAAGAUCUCACUCCACCCCCAAUUCACCGGCACCUCAAGCCCCGCUUGAGGAGAGCUCGGCCCCCACCUCUUGACCUGACAGGUCUUUCUACAAUCACAGAGUGUCCGACUCACUUUCCUUUGAGCAGAAGCAUGACUGAAUCAUGCUUUUCAGCAAACUCUUUGCUCCUUGAAAGAAAACUGGAGAACGGGGACCUGCUGAGAGAUUUUGAGACAAAUCCCAUCAUAAUGGAGUCAAGGCAACAGUCCUAUCUCACCUCCGAUGGACCAGUUCAACCCUGGGCCAGAAAAUCAAACCUUGACUAUUUGUCCUUAGAUUUCAAUGCUGCAUCUCCCUCACCAGUGCAGAAGCAGAAAUCCUUUCUUUCUGAUGAGCACAAGGUGGAUUACGUACAGGUGGAUGAAAAGAAGACACAGGCACUGCAAAACACCAAAAUGGAAUGGACAGAUGUCCGUCAGUCAAAGACAUAAACGGGAAGGAGGACCAAGAUCAACAAUAGCGCCAGCAAAAUGGAAAUACAGUAUAACACGAGGACCCACAACUCUUUAAAAGCACUUUGAAAAACAGUAUCAACCCACAAAUGUACAGAGAGCACAUAAGCAGUGAGAGACAGACAACACACAAUUGCACUGUAAAAUCUGAGUUCAUUCUGAGCAGGUUUUUAUUGUAAAUACCUUGUGAUCAUGCACUGUUUGCAGUUGUUGUAACUGCAGUAUAAAAUUCUACCACAAUUUGCAAA